CGUUGGAGGUGGUUACGCGUCGAUUCUUGUCGGUCGGAUGGACCUCAUGAUGCGGCUCAAGGGCCAUGCCUUCAAGGCCAUCUCGGACGAGUUCAAGGUGCGCGAGGCGACGCUCGGUGGCGAUGGUCUCCCGCUGCAGGACUUUGUCGAGAUCAUGCUCCGCGCGCUGCCCAAGCCCAAGCACGCGCAGGAGAAAACCGAGACGAUCGCGGGCCUCGUCGACCUCUUCAAUGACAUUGACGUCAACGGCGAUGGCACGCUCGAGUUCAACGAGUUUACGUCCUACUGCGUCGACGCCGGCAUGGUCGCGACGCGCGUCAAGGUCGCGCCGCUUAAGUACCAGUACAUCAAGAACCGGUCGUUCGUGGAUCGCACAACGCAGGGCGCGUCAAUCGAGAAGCUCAAAUGGUGCGCGGACCUCAAGCGCGCGCUCGCUGUCGAGGCGAGCUCGAGCUGCGUCAAGGUCUACGCCGCCGACUUUCUCAAGGUCACUGAAGUGCACCCGAGCAGCCCGCCACUGGCCGUACUCCCGUCCAUGGUGGUGCCAGGAUCAGGCCCGGGGUGUACGUCGCAUGCUGGGAGCGACAUGGACCCGAGCAGCAGCCUCGGGAGUCUUCUUGGCGCCAAGAGUACGAGCCACGCCAAUGGCUCCGGGAACCACGCGGACGCACUCGUGCUGGACGCUGAGUUUUUGGCGCAGCUGCGACUCCUCGCAGUCUCGUCGUCCAACUUUGUGCUCUCGUUUUACGACACAGACCACUACGAGUACGUCAUGGAGAACCAGACGACGGUCGCGCAGACGCUCCUGCGGUGGUGCGAGCCGGCGCGACUUCUCUUCUCGACAGGCAACAACAAGGUGCUCAACGCGUGGAGCGUGGCGCGCGGGCGCAUCUCGCUCGUCAAGCAGCUCUACCACCACACCGACGUCGUCUCCGAUGUCCUCGCGGUGCCGCAGUACGACCUCGUCGUGUCGUGCGACCUCAAGCGGUACAUUUACCUCUGGGACAUUCAAGACUGCCGGCCGCGCGGCAGCCUCGUGGGCCACACGCACGGCGUGCGCCAAAUGGUAUUUUCGCCCAUGAACGACCUCUUGGUGACCGCAGGCUUUGAGUUUGACGCGUACGGCUGGGACAUUUCGUCCAAACAACGCAUCAUGACGCUGUCCGGGCACCGCGCGUCGCUCGUCGGCGUCCAGCUUGCCCGGUUCCACACGGAGCGCGCCGUGACCGCCGACAUUACCGGUCUCUUCAAGAUCUGGAACAUCCACCGCCUCAAUGGCGCCCAGGCGCAGCUGCUCGAAAGCAUUGCGCCGGCAUCGACGAUCGCGCAUUUCAACCCGCGUUCGUUCAUUGCGCUCUCGCCCAAGCGCGACAUUGUCGCCGCCAGCUGCGUCUUGCACAUAUUCGAGAGCGUCAAAAUCCAAAAGCACGACGAGAUCCCGCUCCGCGCGUUCUUCCAGCACAGCAGCAACCAGUUCUUAGGCCUGACCGAGACGAGCGUCAACCUCUGGGACGGCAACACGGGUCUCCUCCUCGAAGAAUUCACAGGGUUGACGCAGAGCAGUUUUGUGCUGUGCUGCCAAGACGCACUCCAUCGCAAACUCGUGGUUGCCACCGACGACGGCGCCGUUGAAGUCUACAACUGCACCAACCUCGCGCGCGUUCGCCGGUCCAACAGCGCAAUUGGGCGCAUUGGGUCGUUGCAUUACGACUCAAAGAACAAGCUGAUCAUCGCCACCACGGGGGCGUCGUCGCCCACGGACGCGGGGGGUAUCUUUAUCUUUGACGAUGGUACGGUCGGCGAGUGUGUUCUCUUGCGGUCCCUCGCCAACGUCGAGGUGACAGCCAGCGCAUUCAGCGUGAACGCGUCGCUCUUGGCAACUGUUGCUGGCGACCACAGCAUUCGCUGCUGGGACUUCGAGACGCUCCAGCUGCAGAUCGUGUGCCGAACCGAGACCGGCGACAUCCACGUCGUGGCGUUUCUAGACCCUUAUCCCGUGCUCGUGGCCGCUGACGGCGUUGGCAACGUCUUCUUCUUCGCCACGUCGCCGCAGUAUACGUGCAAUACGGGUGGCUGCCUCCACGCCUUUGUCAAUACGGGCCCGAGCGCCGACGGAACCGACCAUCCAGUGGUUGUGACGACGCUCACGUGUCUGUACCACGAAGACGAAGCCAAGCACGUGCUCGUUACGGGCGACGAUGAAGGCCGCGUCGCCGUGUGGGAUCUCUCGGUCAUGCUCCGGCGGCUGCGAUUGCAGGCUAUUCCGGACGACAAACUCAAGAGCAAGCGCCGGGGGUACAACGCCCACAGCACAUUUUCUCGCACGUUUGACGCCGAUCGCGUCGGCGAGAACGCGCGACGCCACACAACGCGGCUGCCCGACGACGUCCUGCGACGCGUCGCGCCCAAGCGGGACGGCACCCCCGACGGCAAUAUUCGCGCGCGGGAACACCACCACGGUGGCACGAUUCGCACAGGAGUUUACGUCGUGGCGCAUGGCCCCUAUUGGGACGUCAAGGACGUGACCCGACUUGCGUCAUGGGUCGCGCACGCCGACAGUAUCAGCGGCAUCGAAGUCAACGACCGACCCAACGUGCUUAUCAGCUGCGCGUUCGACGCGCGCAUGUACGUGUGGGACUGGCGCGGGACGUGCCUCGGGUGCCUUACGACCAACGAAGACGUGAUGCGGUCGAUGCCGUGGCAUUUUGUGCGCGAGGACGCCAAGCGGGCGCGCGAGCGACAGGACAUCGUCGCCGAGAUCGUUGCCAAGCUCGACAUGACGCCAGACGAGCGCGAGCGCGCGGCCUCGGAGCGUCGGCAGGUAGCGUUUCCGUCCGAGAAGGUCAACCCACUGCUCCAGACGAUGCUCUUUUCACCGCAGCAGAAAAUGAAGAAGAAAAAAGAUGAUUCGAGUCGGCAAGGCACCUUGCACCGCCAAAAGUCCCAGCGCAAGCGGCUGCAGACGCCGGACCAAGUCAAGGCCAUUGCUCGGCACUCGAGCUUGUUGCAGGUGGGUCCGCUGAUCCACCACGCGCGACCAGUGGCACCGACAGCCGCGGAGGAAGAAGAGAACGAGCACGACGACUCGCCCCAUCGAUGGAGCCUCGCGGCGCCCGUGCCAGAGACGCCAGUGCCUACGGCACCCACGCUAACGGAGCGACUCCUGCGCCUCGAGCAGCAAGAGCGACUCGUCUCCAAGACCGACGCGGUGUACGUUAACUUGGUGCAAAUGCAGCACGACAAGCAGCGUAAAAUGUCGGCGGUCAAGCGCAACCUCAUGCGCAAUGUCGACAUCGAGCUCUCUCCGUUCGUGGCGGCAAAUCUUGGCCCUGACAAGCCGGCGCCGCAGCGACGACCCAACACUGCGCCGCUGCCCCGCGUGGUGACGCCGCUCAAGCGCACGCCGGCCUCGCUUACAGUGCUACCAGCGUCACACAAUGACCGGCUUCGGCGGCUCACGACAAUGCGCACGUCGUCGUCGGCCGCUGUCCUAGCCCUGCUCGCCCAAGAAGAGGCCAAGGACGCGACCGCCACGCUCGGGAAGCUCACGCGCAUCAACGACAUCAUUUCAACAGCGUCGUCGUACAUAGCCCCCGAUGCAAAAGCACCGUCGUCGCAUUCACCGAUGGCGUUCUCAACCGACGAGCAAGCCGUGUUGCGAUCGCACGCGGUGGCCACCCAGGAGCGAUACGAGGCAACGAUGCGCGUCGACGGCAAAGAUCUAGCGACGCAGCUCAAGCAGGCGCGCUUGCAGCAGACAAAGCUCGAGAAGGAAAAGCGCAUGCAGCGCUACAUGGCGCAAAAGCAGCGCGACGCGCACGCCAAGAUCGGCGAGGCGCUGCGGCACACGUCGGUGCUUUUUGCGAGCGCGCCGACGACCGACGUUCUCGCCGAAGCCGCCAAGCAGCGCCGCUUUGGCAUCUACUCGACGAAAGAGGUCAUGGUCAUCAUCCGCCUUUUCUGGGCACUCGACUCGGACAACUCGGGCAAUGUCACCGAGAUGGAGCUCAAUGGCUGUCGCGGCUUCUUCGAAAGCAUGGGCUACACGGACAUGGCGACGAUCUUCCAAACCAUUGACGCCGACGCGUCCGGACACGUGACGCUCGCCGAGCUCUUCAAGAUCUGCUUUGCGUAUGCUACGUCGGCCGAGAUCCACGAGAUGGUCAUGCUCGAGCGCCUCGGUCGCGCGCCGACCAUCUUCACCGAGGACAAGUCGCUCACGCACGAGCAGAUCGCCGAGCUGCGCGAGAUUUUUACUGUCUUUGACCGCGAUCGCAGUGGCACCGUGUCGUUCGCCGAGGUUCUCGACGCUCUUCAGUACCGGCACGACGACGACGACACGGGCAGCACGCUCGCCGACCUCGCCAAGCUCUACGAGGCUGCUGACAACGACGGCAAUAAGGAGCUGAGCUUCGACGAGUUUGUGCAGCUGCUGCAAGAGCUCUAUCGCGACAAGCCAAAAUAG